AUGACCCGCUCCGGAUUUUUGCUCAUUGUCUCCGGGACUCUAGCCGUGCUUGCAACAUCCGCCUCAAUAUGCCUCGAAGUUGUUUCUGGCGUCUACGCGGAAAGCAAAUCCAAAUUGCUCAUCACAUGCAGUAUAGGCGCGGCCUUUGAGUCCGUCAUGCUGCUGGUGUUUGGUGCGCUGGGCAUCUCGCAAGUCCUUCGGACAAAAGUACCAAUGUCCUGGAUAAGCUCACGGCCUGCUUUCGUCUGUCAACUCUUUGGUUGCACAGCGGCCUUUAUUCCUUCUGCCGUUGCCUUGGGCUACCUACGAGAGUGGACAACAAAUGAUGAUGGCCGCCUUGCAACUGACAGCCGCCAGAAGCUCUUCAUUGGCUCAGCGGUAGCUGUGUCCUUUGCUACCAUUUUCCAAUUUGGCUUCAUCAUUUUCCACUUCUUAGCAAGCCGUGAUAUUACUCUCGGGACGGCAUCCUCCUUCCAUUCAAGUGAGGAGGGCCGUAAGAUGAAUAUCAAGUCCAUUCGAUACAGCCGAACAUUUAUCGGGACCAACACGCAAGAAAUGGCGACGACCACAAUUAUGGAGUCGUCCCUAGCGACACCAGAGAAUCUGUCCAUGGGACCAAUCGACUUUUUAAAGGCAUCCAUGUCGCAGGCCAUGCGGCCCACAUCGUCGCGAACCAAAUUAUUGGAAUCAGAGAGGCGACGACCAAAAUCCUCUGACUCGAUGCCAACUCGCAAGAGUUCAGACACAUCCUUCGAUUCUUGGGACACCUCAUCUGUCGACGCCCAUAAUCGUCAAGUCGUUAUGGAAAUGUCAUCUCCUACCACACUCAAGAGGGGUCUAGAGACAAUUCCAGCCAGUCCUUCGGGGAGUCGUUCUCCCAGCCGGCCAGGUACUCCUCUAGAUAUGGAAUUGGAGCCGCCACGUAUGCUGUAUAGGGCAGAGAGCUACAGCUCAAGUAUAUUAUCACAACAAGAUCUACGCAGACUUACACCAGACAGCUCUGUAAAUGAGCUGCACAUUCACCCUCUUUUCCGGUCUGACUCUCCAACACCGCCUCCCACAGCAAGCCCUGGUACAAGCGUUUUGGCCGCUCCGCAUGCGGGGAGGGUGAUCUCACGUCAAAGCAGCAUGCAAUCCAUGAGGCGCCUUCGAAGUGGGAGCUUACCGGCAGCUCACAGCCCACUUAUACGUCAGACGAGUUUUGACAGCUUGAAGCCGACCAGGUUGAGAGAUGACGGAGAUGUUGGCAGAAAGAGUGCCGACCCGCAGAGCGAGCGCAAAAUGACACCGCCCGUGCCAGAAUGGCUGUUAAGCCCGGCCAUGAAGGCUAGCCUCGAAUCCUUCAAGGAGCAGAAACAAGGAGAUGGCGAAGAAAAAUAA